AUGGCAAACCUUCCGACGGCCACAGCCGAGCCUGGCUUGCUCGAUCUCACGAAUACCCCCACAUUGCCUUGGUGGAAGGACCAAGGCCUCAGAAAGCUCAUCUUCUGGCAGACAUGUAUUCUGGCCGCGCAGAUCACUGUCGGCUACGACGAGGUUAUUGUCGGCUCUUUCCAGGCGCUGCAGCCCUGGCAAGACGCCAUGGGCAAUCCAUCUGCUGAGAGUUUGGGCCUCAUCACUUGCAUGGUCUUUAUAGGCGGCUUCUUCGGUGCGCUCGUUGCAGCGGCACCGGCAGAUCGCUACGGCCGGCGUUUUGCCAUUCAAAUUGGGUCGUUCCUGGGAGUUGUCGGAUCAAUCAUGCAAGCUGCUUCGCCCAACCGAAGCGUGUUUAUCGGAGGUCGCGCUGUGCUUGGUGUUGGUCUGUCUUUCACCACCACGGCUGGACCCAAUCUGUUGACUGAGCUGGCCCACCCGCGGUUGCGUGGUAAGAUGGCAUCGAUGUUCAACGUGCUCUGGUAUCUAGGAUCCAUUAUCGCAUCAUGGUUAACAUUCGGAACCGGUCAUCUCUCUUCGGAAUGGUCAUGGCGGAUCCCUUCGAUUGUUCAGAGUACCUUCCCGUUCCUCCUCAUGAUUGCCACCAUCUUCAUUCCAGAGUCGCCUCGUUGGCUUUGCUCUCGAGGGCGCCAAGAUGAGGCGAAGGAGUUUCUGAUCAAGUACCAUGCCAACGGCAACGAGAGCGACCCUGUGAUCGAGCUCGAGAUGCACGAGAUUGCCACAGCUCUGAACCUAGAGGAGCAGAGCAAGAUGUACACCUGGUCCAACCUUCUCAAGUCCAAGGCCAACAGACGCCGCCUUGGAAUCUGUCUCUCAGUGUCAGUUCUCACACUUUGGAACGGUCAAGGUGUUAUUUCGUACUACUUCUCGCCCAUACUGGACUCUGUCGGCAUCACAAAUACAACCCAGCAGACCGGCAUUAACGGUGGCAUGGCCAUAUGGAAUCUUAUCUGCUCUGUUACCGGAGCGUUUCUAGCCGACAGAAUCGGCCGCCGGAGGCUAUGGCUCAUAUCAUUCAUUGGAAUGAUCUUCGCCAACGUGCCCCUGACCAUCACAAGCGCCAUGUAUGCGAACCAUGGCCCUCAAGCGGCGGCCUAUGGGACGGUUGUGUUUCUCUUCUUAUACAAUGCCGCUUUCAACAUUGCAUGCAACCCGUUGCUGUACUGCUACACUCCAGAAAUCCUUCCGUACAGUAUCCGCAGCAAGGGCCUGGCACUGCAAGUGCUGUCGAGCCAGGUCAUGCUGACGGUCAAUCAGUACGUCAACCCUAUUGCGUUAGAAAGAAUCGGGUACUAUUACUUCAUUUUCUACCUUGGCAUGUUAUUCCUUGGCUUGGCUCUCAUUUAUUUCACUUUCCCCGAGACCAAAGGAUACUCUCUGGAAGAGUUAGGUAUGCUCUUCGAUGAUGGCUUCGACGUGCGACCAUCGAUACUCCAUGGAAAAGAUGUUGAAAAUACUAGCCAUGUGGCCCAAGACGAUGCGAGGAAAGAUAAUUUCAAGAUCAUCGAGAGUUGA